AUGUUGGAAAGCAAGAGUAAUGUCGUAUAUGACCACCCAUCCAAAACUUUCAUUGGCGUCCGCUUUGUUCUCCUUGGAUUCGAUCCCAUCCUCAAAGACAAGGAUGAUCCUAUGUGUGUUGCUGCUCGAAGUGAUGGAAAGACACUGGUCACUAGCUUAUGGGUUGACCAUAGUUUUGAUGCUGGAAUGCCUGUUGAUCCCAACCAUGUCAUGUACAGACCUUUAAGAGAUUUGAAUGGAAUUCCAGGUGCCAAAACUUUAAUUGUUUGCUUGACUGGGUACCAGAGGCAUGAUCGAGAUGAUAUUAUGACAAUGGUUGGCUUGAUGGGUGCAAACUUUUCAAAGCCACUGGUUGCAAACAAAAUUACUCAUCUUAUAUGCUACAAAUUUGAGGGGGAGAAGUAUGAGCUUGCCAAGAAAAUCAAGAAGAUAAAGCUUGUCAACCAUAGAUGGUUGGAGGACUGUUUAAGGACCUGGGAAAUUCUUCCAGAAGCUAAUUAUGAUAAGAGUGGAUAUGAGAUGGAGAUGAUGGAGGCUGAAGCAAAGGAUUCAGACGAAGAAGCAGAAGAAAUAGCUACAAAGCAAUAUGAACAAAGAAACGUAUUGGCUAGUCCGCAAAAUUUGCAAAUGGGAAUGAAAAGUCCUCAUAACUCUGUCAUAUCAAAGCAAGAAGUAUCAAAAAACUUGUUAACUUCAAGUCCAUCUCAAGGCUUCUCUAAUGUUGGCCACACUUGUGACAUCGUGUCAGGCAUUGGAAAAGAGACCAAAUCUGAUGAAGCCUCAUAUUUGUAUGAAAUUCAUAAUAAGCAUUCUGAGGUACUUGUAUCUCUUGAUGUUAGAACUCCUAGGGGUGUUUCUUGUAUUAAGCCAUCAGAUCCAUGUGAUGCAAUACUAAUUUCUCCAAAAUCUGGAAAUGGCUUCGCUUCUACUCCUGGAAGUGCUGAGAAAUCUGAUGCAGCAAAGUUAAGUGCCAUAAGUUACUCGAGGAAAACCCCAAGAACAACCACUCCUUCAAUGUUCCCAGGAGACAAGGUGAAAAAUAUGUCCAGCGCAUGUGCACUAAACACUGGUAAACUUGAUGUUAGUGAGAGUCUUAAUAUCUCUUCCUCUGUGACUGAACAAGAUGGAAUUAUUCUUGGUUGUGCCGAAAUUCCUUUAGGGGAAACUGAGUUACAUGCCAAAGAGGGACACAGUGGUACAUUGCCAGAGAAGAGGAAGAUAAAUGUUUCCGAUUGUAGUUCCAAAUCACAAAAGAUAAUUCAUAAUCCAGCACACUUCUCAGAACAUUCAUUACUGGUGAAUAGAAGUGGAGGUUUGGGAGCCGCAUCGUUACCAGAUGGUACNCUUCCAGAAGCUAAUUAUGAUAAGAGGUGA